AUGCCACGAGAAUUAAUUACAAUUCAAGUUGGCCAAUGUGGCAAUCAAAUUGGAAUGGAAUUCUGGAAACAGCUUUGUGCUGAGCAUGGAAUUAAUCAGGAGGGUUUACUGCUUCCAGGUGCACAGACAGCAGAAGACCGCAAAGAUGUUUUCUUUUAUCAAGCAGAUGAUGAGCAUUAUAUUCCUCGUGCUCUUCUCUUUGACCUUGAACCCCGUGUUAUUAACACAAUUCAGACUUCUGAAUAUCGCCAUCUUUACAACCCUGAGAAUUUCUUUGUUUCUAAAGACGGGGGAGGCGCUGGGAACAACUGGGGGAGCGGCUAUGCGCAGGCAGCAAAAGUAGAAGAGGAGUUGUUGGAGAUGAUUGACAGAGAGGCGGACGGCAGCGAAAGCCUCGAGGGUUUUGUCCUCUGCCACUCCAUUGCGGGAGGCACGGGAUCCGGCAUGGGAUCUUAUUUGCUGGAGUUACUGGGAGAUCGGUACGGAUCGAAGCUGAUCUCCACCGUGAUGGCUGCAUGCACGGCAACUCUGCGCUACCCAUCUUCUUUGUCGUCAAGUCUUCUCUCUCUGCUGUCGUGUCUCGUCCCCGUGCCUCGCUGUCAUUACUUGAUGUGCGGAUACACCCCAAUCACGCUGGACCGCUGCGUUUCUGCAGUACAAAAGACAACCGUCAUCGAUAUUAUGCGCCGCCUCACGCAAUCGAAAAAUAUCAUGGUUCAUAAGAGUCUGCAGCGUAUCCGUGAACGGCAGUUGCUGCAAUUCAUUCGCUGGGCCCCCGCCUCCCCGCAAGUUGUUUUGGCGCGGGCAUCUCCCUUCAAUCCACAAAAGCACAAAUGUGCCGGCCUGAUGCUUGCGAAUCACACAGCUAUCACAAGUCUAUUCGAGCGAUGUGUCGUUCAGUACGACCGUCUCUUCAAGCGCAAAGCCUUCCUUGACAAUUACAAACGGCAGCCCAUGUUUAGCAGCCCUGACGGUCUUGGAGACUUUUCAGAGAUGGAAGAUUCCAAGUUCGUGUCCCAUCUGACCCUACUCAAAGCACCUUCGGCAGCUUACACCGGCGGCGCCACCGUUAGCAACGAUAGCCGCAGCAGUUGGAGCUCCACGUGCUGUAGCAACAGCAGCAGUAGCAGUAGGGGAGGCGUUGCAGCGAGGUGCGUUGCAACUCAUGAACUGCACCCUCCCCUCCAGAUUAUCCCCGUACCCUUGCAUCGCUUCAGUGAGGCAGCUGAGAACUUGGAGGGUAAGUCAUCAGCCGCUCUUUAG